AUGGGGAUUGCGAUCAGUGGAAGCAGCUUUGGUGGCGUCGUUUUCCCUAUCAUGCUCAACAGGUUGAUCGAGCAACGAGGAUUCGCAGAGGCGACAAGGUCCACGGCAUAUCUGUGUACGGGCUUGAUGGCGAUCGCGUUGUUGUGCAUGCGUACCAGAUUGCCACCUCGGAACAAGGUGCCUAGACCAACACAUGGAGAAGAAGCACCCUCUCCGCCACCAGCCGUCCUGGACCUCCUCAAGGAUACCAAGUACAUGAUCACUAUUGCUGCGUUUGUCAACAUUCUCGGCAUCUUCACACCAAUAUUCUACAUGCAGCUAUACGCGGUGAACCACAAUGUCGACUGGACCCUUGCACUUUACCUCCUCACCAUGCUCAAUGCGGGCUCCAUCAUCGGACGUAUCGCACCCAACUUUAUCGGCGAUAUCUGGGGCCCAUUCAACACUAUUAUUGUAUGCACAAUCGCCUGUGCUGUGCUCGUCAUAUCUCUCCUCGCUGCAAAUGAUGCAGCAGGCAUCAUUGUCGUCGCAGUGCUCUACGGUAUCUUUAGCGGUGCCCACAUUUCGUUGAUUAGCCCGCUCUUUGCCAGUCUCUCGCGGAGUAUUUCGGAGAUUGGGAUCCGUCUUGGAUUGACAUUCACCGUUGUUGCGUUUGCUGGACUUGCGUGUACACCCAUCAUGGUUGCGCUUCUCACCGACGAGCUCAAAUGGAAUCGGCCAAUUGGCCUCUCAGCUGCACGUCCACUUUUCUCUUCUUUUUGA